CCUCGUUCCGGAGGGGAAGGCGCGAGGUUUCCGGGAAAGUGGCCCCGACAGCACCGCCCCACGGCCCCCCGUGGCCAGAGACUAUAAAAGCGGCCGCCAGCUUGAGCCUGCACCCAGUGCUAGAGCCCUGCUCCGUUGCUCCUGCACUUUGCCCUGGUCCUGCAAUGGCUUCAACCCGUGCCAAGCCCACACUGCCUCUGCUCCUGGUCCUGGUCGCUGUUGUGAUCCCUGGGCCUGGUGAUGCUCAAGUAUCCAUCUAUCCCAGAGAAGCCUUCCUGCCUCGAGGUGGGUCUGUGCAGGUGAACUGCUCUUCCUCUUGCAACGAGCGCCUCUACCUGGGCUUGGAGACUCAGUGGCUGAAAGACGAACUGGAGAGUGGACCCAACUGGAAGCUGUUUAAGCUGAGCGACAUCGGGGAGGACAGCAGUCCACUGUGCUUUGAGAACUGUGGCACCAUGCAGUCUUCUGCUUCCGCUACCAUCACCGUGUAUUCGAUCCCGGAGCGUGUGGAGAUGGACCCUCUGCCCACCUGGCAGCAGGUGGGCAAGAACCUUACCCUGCGCUGCCGGGUGUAUGGCGGGGCACCGAGGACCCAGCUCUCAACAGUGCUGCUCCGCGGGGAGGAGACACUGAGCCGCCAGCCAGUAGACGAGGACCCCAAGGACCCCAAGGACCCCAAGAAUAUCACAUUCACGGUGCUGGCUAGCAGAGACGACGACAGAGCCAAUUUCUCAUGCCUCAUAGAAUUGGACCUCAGGCCUCAAGGGCUGGGAUUGUUCUCCAAUGUCUCCGAGGUCUGGCAGCUCCGGACUUUCGAUCUUCCGGGUACCAUCCCGAAGCUCGACACCCCUGACCUCCUGGAGGUGGGCACCCAGCAGAAGUUGUUUUGUUCCCUGGAAGACCUGUUUCCUGCCUCUGAAGCUCGAAUAUACCUGGAGCUAGGAGGCCGGAUGCUGACCCAGGAGAGCACAAACAGCAGAGACUCUGUGUCAACCACUGCCUUGGUAGAGGUGACUGAGGAGUUCGACAGAACCCUGCCGCUGCGCUGUGUUUUGGAGCUGGCGGACCAGAUCCUGGAGACUCAGAGGAUCCUGACGAUCUACAACUUUUCAGCGCCGGUCCUGACCCUGAGCCAGCUGGAGGUCUCAGAAGGGAACCAAGUAACCGUGAAGUGUGAAGCCCACGGUGGGGCGCAGGUGGUGCUUCUGAGCGGUGCUCCGCCCGGGCCACCCACCCCACAGGUCCAGUUCACACUGAAUGCCAGCUCGGAGGAUCACAAACGACUCUUCUUUUGCUCUGCGUCCCUGGAGGUGGCCGGGAAGUUCCUAUCUAAAAACCAGACCCUGGAACUGUACGUGCUGUAUGGUCCUCGGCUGGACGAGAAGGACUGCUUGGGGAACUGGACCUGGCAUGAGGGGUCUCAGCAGAACCUGAAAUGCCAGGCCUGGGGGAAUCCAUCUCCUAAGCUGACCUGCAGACGGAAGACAGAUGGUGCCCUGCUGCCUGUCGGGAUGGUGAAGUCUGUCAAACGGGAGAUGAAUGGUACCUAUGAGUGCCAUGCCUUUAGCUCCCAUGGGAAUGUCACCAGGGACGUGUACCUGACAGUGCUGUACCACCCUCAGAAUAAGUUGGCCAUAAUCAUUGUGGUGGCGGUACUGUUCACUCUGAGCCUUGUGUUUGUGGCCAUUUACGUUUAUAACCAGCAGAGGAAGAUCAGGAUAUACAAGUUACAGAAGGCUCAGGAGGAGGCCAUGAGACUGAAGGUACAAGCCCCACCCCCCUGAGCCAACUGGACACCAACACCUGCCUGGACCACCUUGCAGGGCGACAGCUGUUGCUGCUUUUGAACAGACCAGUAGACGACAUUUACCCUCAGCCACCUCCUCUGGCUGUCACAGGACAGGAUGGUGGCCUGGGUGGGAUGCACACUUGUAGCCUCGGGGCUAAGAGGACUCGGUGGAUGGAGCAAGACUGUGAACACGUGUGACCCAGACGCACCUACAGCCCGGUGGGCCUUCAGCCAAGAAAGGCUGACUUCGUUCUCUAUUGCCCCUGCUGAGGGACCCCUGCCUAAGGAAGACGUGACAUCCAGUAAAACAGGAAGACCACACCUCCUCUGACCCAGGAAAGCUGAGACAUUGUCCCCAACUCUUCUUGAUGUAUUUAUUAAUACAGAGUUUCAGCAGCUAUUUAUUGAGUACCCCAUAUAGAUAGUAGAGGAGAGAGGAGGUGGACAUACAAGUUAUUGCCUGGACCCUGCCACAGAGGCUGUACACACAUCAGAGUCUGCGGAAAGAUCACGUGUGGUUCGAGGGUUUCUCCGCUGGUCGGGAUGCUUUUCUCAAAAGGGCCAUUUUUUUUUUUACUAGUCACAUAAAUACUAUGUGAACUAGCAGUGGUUCUCUGCCCCUUGUAGACCUCUGAGAUCCCUGCCUCCUCCACACCCUGGAGUCUCCCAGCAGCAGCAUGAGUAACCACCUCCCCACCCACAGACAUUCCUACCUUUGUUCCCAGUGUCAGCCACCAUGUCUAAAUAUGGGUGCUCACCCUUAGCAGCUGGACAAUGGAGUCUCAUGCUCAUGAAAUCAUGGUCAGUCCCUGCAUACCCCCCCCCCCAGCUCCACCUCAAAGAGAAACCCUGGAAGAAAAUAUUUCAAACCCUUAGAAGGGUCCUGCAAGCUGUUGUGGGAGCGUAGGCACCCCUCCCAGCACAGAAGCCUUUCCUUUGAAUCAAUAAAGUUUUAUGUUGGCCUGAGA